AUGUCUGAGUGCUGCACGGAUACCCAAGACCAAAUGACCAUCACGGAUCCUACUCUGAGUGCCACCGACCUAAAUGUGGCGUAUGAAAUCAGGUGCUUGAGGCAGGAAUUGGGUGCAAUGAGGGACGAGUUUCGUCAGUUUCAGAGCGAGCUCCUAAGUCUGCGCAUGUCGGUAAGUGACUGUAACGAUCGAAUGACUAAAAUCGAAAACAAAGUGUCCGACGUUGAGAGGCGCUUUGAGGAGCAAAGUCCCGCUAGCUAUGACGCCAUAGAAGCCACUAUCGCUGCACUAAAGACACAACUAAACGACCGGGAUCAGGAGCUCCUCCAGAACGACCUAAUAAUUGCUGGCAUACCGGAGACCAAGGAUGAAAACAAAUUCCACACCAUCAAGGUCCUGUCGACGAAACUGGGUGUCACCGUGGAAGACCGGGAUGUCGUAAACAUUGAGCGCAUCGGUGGUGUGAGGCGCGGUUUAAUCGACGGUGCUGACUCGCCAUCGGGAGAACUGCGGGCGCGCGUCAUCGCGGUGCGACUGGCGCGCCGCGAUGUCCGCGACCAACUGCUGCGGGCGGCGCGCGUGCGACGCGGCCUCACCACGGCGGACCUCAACAUAAGCGCCCCACCGCGUAGGAUCUAUGUGAAUGAGCGUCUCACACAAAUGAACAGUAAACUGUUCCAUAGCGCUCGUGAGGCUGGGCAGCGGGCUAGGUAUAGGUACGUCUGGACAAAGGACGGGCGUAUCUAUGCGCGUAGGGAAGAUGGAGUCCCUGCUCAGCGUAUCCGCAAUGAUGCGGACCUAGCGCAGAUUUUUGGAAGCAGUCGAGUUCGUUAA